AUGGCAACGAUUUCAUCAAAAGAAGCAGUUGUUAUUGUACUUGAUGUUGGUAUUGGUAUGACAUCAGUAUUAUCAAAUAAUAAUAAUAAUGAAACAUCACCAAUAGAAGAUGCAUUAAGAUCAGUUACAUUAUUGUAUCAACAAAAACUAAUUUAUAGUAAAAAAGAUGAACUUGGACUGGUUUUAAUAGGAACAAAAGGUACUAAAAACAAUUUACAAGAUGAUGGAUACCAACAUAUUACAGUUGCCAGUGAUAUUGAAGAGCCAUCUAUUGAAACUUUAAAAUAUUUAGAAAACUUAGGACCAGGGGAAUCCAAAGGAGAUGUUAUUGAUUCAUUAAUUGUAGCAAUGGAUAUGUUAAUCAAAAGAACAGAGAAUAAGAAAUAUCAAAAACGUAUAUUUUUAGUUACAAAUGCAAAAGAUCCAAUCAAUACAGAUGAUUUAACAAUUGUUAAAGAUCAAUUUAAAAAAAUUGAUGUUAAAUUAAAUAUAAUUGGCGUUGAUUUUACAGAUGAAGAAGAAUUAAAGAAAAUAAAUAAUAAAAAUUUUACAAACAAACAAAAAAAUGAAAUAUUUUUAAGAGAAUUUGCAGAUUCAGUUGAUGGAGUAUUGGUACCUGUUAAACAAGCAUUAGAGAUGAUGAGUUUUUUUAGAUCUCAAUCAGUAUUACAAAGAACUAGCUUUAGAGGAGCAUUGGAGAUUUCACCAGAGCUUAAAAUUCCAGUUUGGGGUUUCCUUAAAAUGAAGCAACAAAAUUUACCAACAUUAAAAAAAAUAUCUGUAUUGGCACAAGAAAAGAUUCCAACACCAACCACACUAGAUGUUACUCAAGAAACAUUCUUUUAUAGUAUUACAGAUCCAGAUCAAGAGAUUUCAAAAGAUGAUCUUUUAAAAGGUUACAAGUAUGGUAAAUCAUUAAUUCCAUUUUCAAAGAUUGAUGAAAGUCAAUUAAAAUAUUCAUCGGCAUCAAGAUGUUUAAAGGUAUUAGGCUUUGUAGACCGUGACUCAAUACCAUUGUAUUAUAAUAUGGGUUGCUCAGAAAUGUUUGUGGCCGCUCCAAAAGAUAAACAAGCAGAACAAUCUCUCUCAGCUUUCAUUAGAGGAAUGAUAGAAACUAAUCAAGCAAUGUUGGUACGUUAUGUAAAAACAAUGGGUAGUGCUCCAUAUCUAGGAUAUAUGAUUCCAAAAAUUAAAAGCUACAAUGAUGACGAUGAAAAUGAUGGAAUUGAAGAGAAAUUUAUUGAAUGUCUUUACUUUAAUCAUUUACCAUUGGCAGAUGAUAUUAGACAAUACCAAUUUCCAAGUUUAUCUUUGAAGAACCCUUUGACAAGAAAAUCAUUUAUACCAAAUAAAGAACAAUUAGAUGCAACUCAACAACUAAUAGAUUCAAUGGAUUUAAUGGGUGGUGGUGGUGAUGGCGAUGAAGAAGAAUCAAUUCAAAUGUUAAAACCAAGUUUCACCUACAACCCAUUACUUCAACAUUUUUAUCAAUGUCUUCAUCACCGUUCUUUACAUCCAAACUCAUUAAUACCAAAAUUAGAUCCAAUCAUAUCACAAUAUAUUAAUCCAGAUGAACAAAUUUUAGAAAAAUCAAAAAAUUCAAUUAAAGAAUUCUAUUUAAAAUUCCCAUUAACAAAAUCUAUAAAUUUUAAUAAAUUAAAUAAUAAUAAUAAUCAACAACAACAACAACAACAACAAUCUUUAAAAUACUAUUGGAAAGAUGGAGUAUUAAUUGGGGAAGAAAUUAAUUUAGAUUCUUAUGUUACUGAUGAUGGUUCAGAAUUUAAAAAAAGAAAAAUUAAUGAUUUUUCUGAAUUUUCUUUAAAUAAACUAAUAUCAGGUUAUGUUAAUGAAGUUGGUACAAUUAAUCCAGUUCAAAACUUUAAAGAUAUGUUAAAUAGAAGAGAUGUUGAUUUAGUUGAUAAAGCAAUUACUUUAAUGAAAGAAAGAAUUAUUCAAUUGGUCAACGACUCAUUAAAAGAACAAUAUUAUCAAAAAGCAUUCGAAUGUAUUAAAGAACUUAGAAAUGGUUGUAUUAGAGAGUCAGAAGCCGACUCAUUCAAUUCGUUUAUUAAAGAUAUUAGAUCACUUUACGAAAAUAAAAAAAAAGAUGAUUUUUGGAAAUAUAUUACAACCAACCAACCAUAUGCUAUAAAUUUAAUUUCAGAAGAUGAAUGCGAUUCCUCAUCAAUUUCAAAAGAUGAAGCUAAUGAAUUCUUAAAUAGAAAACAAUCAAAUACUCAAACACCACAAAUUAAUACAAAUACAAAUACAGAUUCAGUUGAUGAUUUAUUCGACCAAAUUGAAUAA